CUUGAAGUCCUCCUCCUCGGAGUGUUUAUCAGUGGACUGAAUGCAUCCAGGUUAGUAUUAAACCAAGAACUUUCCACCCUCUUCAAUGAUUUGUGGAGGCUGGAUACGAAUCGAAUGACGCCUGGAGUCGAUUACAACAUCUCGGUUCAAGGCCGAGCAGGAUUCGUGAGCCAGGGCAGUCAAGUUGCGAUCGAUCGUGCUUCUCUACCUUUCUUCACCAAUGUUAAUGAGGUCAAGAUGGGGAACGUCACCACUAUCUCCAGACUUUUGAAGCUGCUGGACAACUAUGAGAGAUCAACCGGUGUAGCUGAGUACGUUACAGUUGAGGAACAGACUGAGAUCAGCCUCUUCUUGGAUGCCAUCCUAGAGACAGAAGUUAUGAAGCGUGCUCAUAGAUAUCUGGUGAGCAAAGGCCAGUCUUCAUCUAACUUGAGACACUUCAAGAGUCAGCUGCACUUGAUUUGGUUUCACCUCUACCACAGACAGAGGAAUACCGGGCCUGACUCGUGCGGCUUCGAGCACGUCUUUGUCGGAGAGAUCAAAUUUAACAGUGAAAUCACAGGCUUCCAUAACUGGAUCCAGUUCUACGUGCAGGAAAAGGGCCAGCUGCUGGACUACAAAGGCUACAAGGCGAGGGAGCACGACUUGCCCGACGAGGACGACCACGUGGUGAGCCUGCAGUUCAGUUGGCACAGUGUGCUCAAGCCCGUGGGCAGUUCCUUCAUCGGCACCAGCCCCGAGUUCGAGAUGGCCCUCUUCACCGUCGUCUUCCUCAUGAACACGGAGAGGAGCACCACGGUGCUGGUCAACAUCGACCAGUGUCAGAUGGAGCUGGUGGUGGUCCGACACGGACGCUCCCUCGGCACGGCCUACCCCAAAUUGCUCAGCAGCAACAGCAGACACAUUAGACAGCAGUCACAAUGA